AUGACUAGUCUUUUCCUCGGUCUUUCACCGCAACCCACUUGUACCCUUAUUCUCAUCCCCCCUUUCCCCUUGCUCUCCUUCUCCUCCUCUCCCCACACCCCCCCCCUUUCUCCCAAUCCCCUUCUCUCCCCCCACACCAGCCACAUUUAUGACAGCACUGCAACUCUUCCCAGCGCUCGCACUCUACCACGGGGUCUACGAGCUAACUCACUCAUUCCACUCAUUUCCCUUGGCUCUCUCCCUUCUCUCCCUCCCCACCACCACCCUUCCCACCCUCCAGCCACAUUCAUGACAGCACUGCAACUCUUCCCAGCGUUCGCGCUCUACCACGGAGUAUACGACCGCAUUUAUGACUACGCUACAGCUCUUCCCAGCGUUCGCGCUCUACCACGGGGUAUACGAGCUAACUCACUCACUCCACUCAUUUCCCUUGGCUCUCUCCCUUCUCUCCCUCCCCACCACCACCCUUCCCACCCGCCAGCCGCAUUCAUGACAGCACUGCAACUCUUCCCAGCGUUCGCUCUCUAUCACGGGGUAUACGAGUUAACUCAGUCGUCCCUGAUAGGCUCCUACCAGGCCUCCCAGGGCACACUCACCUGGGCCACCGCCGCCACCAAUGGCUACCUGACAGCUGUCGCGAUCCUGGCCGUCGAAUGGCUGGUCUUCCUGCUGCUCGCGAUCUACCUGGAUCAGGUGGUUUCGGCGGGUAGUGGCGUGAGGAAGCAUCCUCUCUUCUUCCUCCGCGGCUGCAAGAGCGGCUUCCGGAAGCUUCUUGGCUCGCUUGGAAAGUUUCUGCGAAGAUGCAGGCUUGGGGGGGACGCCCAGGUUCAUGCGGACUUCCAGGAAGGUUCCUGGAAAAUGGAAAAAGGAAAGGAGUGGAAAGCAGGGGCGGCGGGGAGUGGGAAGGCGGAGUGGGGGGAGGGGGAGGUGGGAGGAGGUGUUGUGGGCACGGGGCAAGGGACAGACGAGGGGGGAGAAAAGGAGAAGGCGAAAGGGUGUUUGGACCGAUUUGAUGUGGACCUAGAGAAGCGCAAAGUGCAGCACCUCCUGCACAGCAGCACCACACCCAACCGCACCGCACACCACAGCAUUCUCUGUGCGGGCCUCUCCAAGGUCUACCCCAGCAGGGACGGCGGGGCUCCCAAGGAGGCAGUUGCCGGCAUGUGGCUGGGGGUCGCUCGGGGGGAGUGCUUGGGCGUGCUGGGGCCGAUGAUGGGGUUCCUGCAACCCAGUGGGGGGACGGCGAUUAUUGAGGGCAUGGGGAUUGCCGAGGAGAUGGAGGGGAUUUACUCCAUCAUGGGCGUUUGCCCUCAGCACGAUGGGGGGACGGCGGUCAUAGAGGGCAUGGGGACCGCCGAGGAGAUGGACGGGAUUUACUCGAUUAUGGGCGUGUGCCCUCAGCACGAUGGGGGCACGGCGGUCAUAGAGGGCAUGGGGAUUGCCGAGGAGAUGGAGGGGAUUUACUCCAUCAUGGGCGUGUGCCCUCAGCACGAUGGGGGCACGGCGGUCAUAGAGGGCAUGGGGAUUGCCGAGGAGAUGGAGGGGAUUUACUCCAUCAUGGGUCCUCCUAUGGGAGCAGCUGACAGGCAGGGAGCACCUCUAUUUCUACGGCCGCUUGAAGAACCUGCACGGGCAGGCACUCCCUUGCCCCCACCUUACUCUCCUCCACGCUUCCCUCUCUUCGCAUCCCCCCCCCGCCAGCCUGCUAUGAGAGCAGCUGACAGGGAGGAAGCAGCUGCUCUACUACGGGCGGCUGAAGAGCCUCCGAGGCCUGCUAUGGGAGCAGCUGACUGGUCGGGAGCACCUCAUGUUCUACGGGCGGUUGAAGAACCUGCACGGCUGACAGGCAGGGAGCACCUACUCUUCUACGGGCGCCUCAAGAACCUGCACGGGUCAUCCCUAGCAGCAGCAGUAGACGCCUCCCUCGCAGGGGUGCAUCUACUGAAGGAGGCAGACAAGCCAGUGCAGCAGUACAGCGGCGGCAUGAAGCGGCGCCUCUCGGUCGCUAUAUUGCUUAUCGGAGACCCUCUUGUGGUGUAUAUGGACGAGCCCAGCACAGGGCUCGACCCAUCAUCCAGGAUGCACCUGUGGAACGUGGUGAAGCGAGCAAAGAAGAAUUGUGCGAUCGUGCUCACGACCCAGCACGGGGCUGGACCCCUCGUCCAGGAUGCACCUGUGGAACGUGGUGAAGCGAGCGAAGAAGCACUGCGCUAUUGUGCUCACAACACGGGGCUGGACCCAUCGUCGAGAAUGCACCUGUGGAACGUGGUGAAGCGGGCUAAGAAGCACUGCGCGAUUGUGCUCACGACUCACAGCAUGGAAGAGGCAGACGCACUGUGUGACCGGAUGGGCAUAUUCGUGCGGGGAAAGUUCGCUUGUAUAGGCAGCGCACAGGAGCUCACAGCACGCAUGGAAGAGGCAGACGCUCUGUGUGACCGGAUGGGCAUAUUCGUGCGGGGAAAGUUCGCCUGUAUAGGGAGUGCACAGGAGCUCACAGCACGGUACGGCGGCCGCUUCAUCUUCACCCUCACCACUCCCGUGGAUUACGAGGCUGCAGCUGCCCGGCUGGCGCUGACCCUGUCCGUCAACGCUAGGAGAAUCUACAACCUCUCGGGCACCCAAAAGUUUGAGCUGCCCGUGGAAGAUGUGAGUGGGUUUGGCCAGGCCUGCUUGCUUCAUAUUCUAUUUCUGCGUAUGCAGUAG